AUGGGAACCGAGGAACAAUCCAGAAAAUCCACCCAUACUAAAACAUUCAUCUUAUGGGACAUGGUGGAUUUUCGCGUAGAUGAGGAUAAGAUUCAUACGUUUUAUCGUCGUCUCAGGAAAUCUCUCAGAGACGAGCACUAUUGUGGUGAAUUGUGUAUCACAGCUUAUGGUCAUGGAGAAGAUUCUUGUCUACUGGGGACGGAGUCUGUACAUACCUACAUCCGACUAUAUCGACUAAAGGAUAGAUUUGCGAGACAUAAUACCAUCUUAGUGGACAUGAUUAGUUUCUUACGUUUGAAUCCUCAAGCAAAUUUCAUGUUAAUCAUGAAAGGCAUGGCAGAGGAAGACAUUAAGUACGACUACGCUAUUCAAGCGGUGAAAAAAAGGAAUUACAGUGUUCUUUUAGUAGUUGGUGAUGAUAAAGAUCAAGACAAUUCCCGAUACCCACCAGAUGUACUAUCUGGUUGCACCAUAAUCCAGCAAGCAAUUUUAGAAGUAAUAGUUUGCAAACGUUCAAUUGAGGAUAGAGUUGCUAAGAAAUCAAAAAAGAAAAUUCGGCGGAUAAUUGAUGAUGCUGAACUAGGGAAASAUACGAGAAGAAAAAUUGCAAUUGAGAAGGAACGACAGGAGCGCCUUAGGUCCUUGCAGUUUUCUGCCAGAUACAAAACAGUUGGCUCUAUGGCUAUUCCAGAAGGUGCGGAAACUGAGGUUCUUGGUGAUGCUCACAGUGGUUACAUAGUGAAUGUGGCUAGGGAGAUUGGUGAAGAAGCUGUAACAGGGAUUAGAUUUAUGUGGGAAAAUAUUAUUCAGUCUAUUAGCAGAGUGAAGUCUGGUGAUAAAGGUCUUGGGUGCAUUCUAGCACAUACAAUGGGCCUGGGCAAAACUUUUCAGGUUAUAGCGUUCCUGUACACGGCAAUGAGAUGUAUUGAUUUAGGGUUGAAAACUGCUCUUAUUGUGACUCCUGUAAAUGUGUUGCACAUUUGGCGAAGUGAGUUUAUGAAGUGGAGGCCUUCAGAAGUGAAACCACUUCGCAUUUUCAUGCUUGAACAAGAUCAUACGAGAAUGAAAGGCUUGGAGAGGAGAUUGGACUUGCUAAKGAAGUGGCGAAAUAAGGGUGGAGUCUUCUUGAUGGGGUAUGCCGCUUUUAGAAAUCUGUUUCUUGGGAGGGGGGGUAACGCCUUGAGGGAGGGACCUGAUAUACUGGUUUGCGACGAGGCUCACAUUAUCAAGAACACCAGGGCUGACACAACGCAAGCAUUGACACAAGUUAAAUGCCAGCGAAGAAUUGCCUUAACCGGGUCGCCCCUUCAAAACAAUCUCCUGGAAUAUUAUUGUAUGGUUGAUUUUGUAAGAGAAGGAUUCCUCGGGAGUAGCCCUGAGUUUAGAAAUCGCUUCCAAAAUCCAAUAGAAAACGGACAGCAUAUGAAUUCAACUGCYGAGGACGUGAAAAUUAUGAACCAGAGAUCACACAUCCUGUAUGAGCAACUGAAAGGAUUUGUACAAAGAAUGGACAWGAAUGUUGUGAAAAAGGAUCUYCCACCUAAAACUGUCUUCGUAAUAUCUGUCAAGCUAUCACCRUUGCAGCYGAAAUUGUAUAAGAGAUUUCUUAAGCUGUAUGGGUUCAGCGWUGGAAGAACAGAUGAAAGGAUGAGAAAAAACUUUUUUGCUGCUUACCAGGUCUUGGCUCAGGCUAUCAGGCGUGCAGCAGAGAAUAGGGAUGAUGAUUCUGCAUAUUUGGAUGGGAAUUCUAUUGCCCCAAAUCUUGCUGAAGAUAAUGAACUCAGCAAAGAGGAAAAUGGGGAUUUGUCUAAUUCAGAUGUAGAUAAGAUGGUCCCCGUCACAGAGUCAAAUGUAGAUACCAUGAUUGAUGAUUCAGAUAAUCCAGCAAGCAAUUUUAGGUGUACUGCCUGUAAUAACGUAGCUGUGGAAGUGCAUAGUCAUCCGCUUUUAGAAGUAAUAGUUUGCAUGGAUUGCAAACGUUCAAUUGAGGAUAGAGUUGCUAAGGUUGAUGACUCUUCGGAACGUCAUUGUGAAUGGUGUGGUCACAUUGCUGACUUAAUAAAUUGUAGGUCAUGCGAAAGACUUUUCUGUGCAUCAUGUAUAAGGAGGAAUAUUGGUGAAGAAUAUUUGUCUGAAGCUCAAUCCUCUGGUUGGGAUUGUUGUUGUUGCUGUCCAAUUCCCUUGCAAAGACUGACACUGGAACUGGAGAAAGCCAUGGGAGAUAAGAAGUCAACAGAGUCCAGCUCUGAUUCCAGCUCUGAUUCCAGCUCUGAUAACAAUUCUGUUGAUACAGAUGCUGAUGUCAAUGUAGCAAUAAGCUCAAAGAAGAAAUCAAAAAAGAAAAUUCGGCGGAUAAUUGAUGAUGCUGAACUAGGGAAACAUACGAGAAGAAAAAUUGCAAUUGAGAAGGAACGACAGGAGCGCCUUAGGUCCUUGCAGUUUUCUGCCAGAUACAAAACAGUUGGCUCUAUGGCUAUUCCAGAAGGUGCGGAAACUGAGGUUCUUGGUGAUGCUCACAGUGGUUACAUAGUGAAUGUGGCUAGGGAGAUUGGUGAAGAAGCUGUGAGAGUUCCUCGUAGCAUAUCUGCCMAACUAAAAGUCCAUCAGGUAACAGGGAUUAGAUUUAUGUGGGAAAAUAUUAUUCAGUCUAUUAGCAGAGUGAAGUCUGGUGAUAAAGGYCUUGGGUGCAUUCUAGCACAUACAAUGGGCCUGGGCAAAACUUUUCAGGUUAUAGCGUUCCUGUACACGGCAAUGAGAUGUGUUGAUUUAGGGUUGAAAACUGCUCUUAUUGUGACUCCUGUAAAUGUGUUGCACAAUUGGCGAAGUGAGUUUAUGAAGUGGAGGCCUUCAGAAGUGAAACCACUUCGCAUUUUCAUGCUUGAAGACGUUUCAAGGGAGAGGAGAUUGGACUUGCUAAMGAAGUGGCGAAAUAAGGGUGGAGUCUUCUUGAUGGGGUAUGCCGCUUUUAGAAACCUGUCUCUUGGGAGGGGGGUGAAGGAUUUGAAUGCAGCCAAAGAAAUCUGUAACUCCUUGAGGGAGGGACCUGAUAUACUUGUUUGCGACGAGGCUCACAUUAUCAAGAACACCAGGGCUGACACAACGCAAGCAUUGAAGCAAGUUAAUUGCCAGCGAAGAAUUGCCUUAACUGGGUCGCCCCUUCAAAACAAUCUCAUGGAAUAUUAUUGUAUGGUUGAUUUUGUAAGAGAAGGAUUCCUCGGAAGUAGCCCUGAGUUUAGAAAUCGCUUCCAAAAUCCAAUAGAAAACGGACAGCAUAUGAAUUCAACUGCAGAGGACGUGAAAAUUAUGAACCAGAGAUCACACAUCCUGUAUGAGCAACUGAAAGGAUUUGUACAAAGAAUGGACAUGAAUGUUGUGAAAAAGGAUCUGCCACCUAAAACUGUCUUCGUAAUAUCUGUCAAGCUAUCACCUUUGCAGCGGAAAUUGUAUAAGAGAUUUCUUAAGCUGUAUGGGUUCAGCGAUGGAAGAACAGAUGAAAGGAUGAGAAAAAACUUUUUUGCUGCUUACCAGGUCUUGGCUCAGAUUUUGAAUCAUCCAGGGAUUCCGCAAUUAAGAAGAGAAGAUAGCAAAAACGGUCGUCGUGGUAGCAUUGUUGAUAUUCCAGAUGACUGUUCAAGUGAUGAAAAUAUAGACUCCAACAUGGUUGUGGGAGAGAAACAGAGAACUAUGAGUGAUUUGCAGGAUAAAGUGGAUGGCUACCUCCAGAAGGAUUGGUGGGUCGACCUACUUCAGAAAAAUAAUUACAAGGUGUCGGAAUAUAGUGGUAAAAUGAUUUUGCUGUUGGAUAUUUUAUCCAUGUGUGCUGAUGUGGGUGAUAAGGCGCUCGUGUUUAGCCAGAGUAUCCCGACAUUGGAUCUCAUAGAACUUUAUCUAUCGAGRCUACCUCGUCAUGGUAAACAAGGAAAGUUCUGGAAAAAGGGAAAUGACUGGUAUAGGGUGAAAUGCACUCUAAUCUCAACCAGRGCAGGAUCCCUUGGAAUAAACCUUUAUGCUGCUAACCGUGUGAUCAUCGUUGAUGGUUCAUGGAAUCCAACCUAUGAUCUUCAAGCUAUAUUUCGAGCCUGGAGGUAUGGCCAAAAGAAGCCAGUAUUUGCGUACAGGCUGAUGGCACGUGGGACUAUUGAAGAGAAAAUAUAUAAACGGCAGGUGACCAAGGAGGGACUCGCUGCGAGAGUGGUGGAUAGACAACAAGUGCACAGGACUAUCUCCAAAGAAGAGAUGUUACAUCUUUUUGAAUUUGACGAUGAUGAUGAUGAAAAGUCCGAUGCUGAUAUAAGCAAGCAAAACGAUGCAAUAAAUAGCCAAAACACUAGAUUACGGAUGGAGAAUUCACAGAAACAGAAGGCCAGUGUAUGUCGCGUUGGUUGCUACUCUGACAAAUUGAUGGAGAACUUACUACAGAGACACAGCCCCAGCUGGAUUUCCAGUUUCCAUGAGCACGAGACAUUGCUACAAGAGAACGAAGAAGAAAGACUGACAAAGGAAGAAAAAGACAUGGCCUGGGAAGUUUACAGAAGAGCACUUGAGUGGGAAGAAGUUCAGCGAGUCACACUCAACGAAUCUCCGGUGCUCCAAAAACCUCCCCCUUUUGUACAAACAGAACCCGUACGCCAGCUAAAGGGGUUCAACAGAAGUCGUUUUGUGAUCCGGAACUGCACAAGAAUCGCGCAUCAGCUUACACUCAUAAGCCAAGGAAGAAAAGUCGGUAGCAGCACGGUCUGUGGGGAAUGUGGGCGCGUCAUAAGGUGGGAAGACCUUGUACCUGCAUCCAAACUUUCAGAGAUUAUAGAUGAUUUAGAUUACAGUUCCAUUGCCGAUAUCAAAUCAGGGCGUUUGUUAGGGUUGAUUUCUAAUGAUGUUGAAACUUGUAAAUCCAAAGCGAUUAAUGAUUUGUAA